AUGAGGUACAAAAGAAAGUUAAACACUGCCCACGCUAUGUACCAAGGCCCACCGCAACCGCCUUCUCAGGGUGUACCCAUGCCAUUCAUUGUUAACAACAACAAUCCCUAUCCAAACGGCAAUAUGAACUUUCCUCGCACUGCGCAGCAGAGUAUACCGCCCACGGUGUACCCUCCGCAAGUACCAUUUCCAGGCCAACCACAGGGGAGUCAGUUUCCGCAAGCUUCGCCAGACCAACAAGUGUUCAAUCAGCCACCACAAGUGGCCCAGCCUUUCCACAACUCUGCGCCAAAUACUAAUCUCGCUGGGGCUGCGAAUAAUGGGACCAUUCCAGUGUAUACACCGCUGACAUCCUUCCCUCAUCCCAUGGCAGCUGCCGCAGCAGCAGCAGCAGCUGCUGCUGCUACCGCUGCUGCUACUGCACCAUCUCCACAGCCUAUAUCUCCGGCAUCUCUACCGAUGUUACGAGUGCCAUACCACAUAAGAAAAUAUUUGUCCAACCUGGCGACCUUGAAAUUGUAUGAAGUAAUAAAUGAAAUCAACAUGGCAAUGAACAAGAUAACCUUGCUUUCGUUUUGGACGGACCUGGUAUCGAGGGUUUUCACUCCUGAUGCAGUGAUCAGGUAUAGUAAGAAGUCCAUGACUGAUUAUCGGGAAUUUGAGUUUGUUAUCCCUGUGUUCGUCAUAAUUUGCUCUACACUGGGCAGAUUUGGCAUUGUGAAAAUGGAAAUCAAAGUUCUGCAACUUAAGACACAAGUUCUAAGUAAUUCUACUAUUUUCUUCAAUUGUCCCCGCGCUACACUUAUUUAUUAUUAUCCUGAUGGUUCCUAUAUCACGCAUUUCGCACAGUUAAAGGGUGCGUUUGACCUUGACUUGAAAAUCAAUUGGCUGGACGUAUCUAUGCAUAGUUUCUUCCCUGAUGUUGAAUGGAACUCGGUGGAGAGGCUUUUGAGUGAUGAAUACAAGUCAUCAGAGAUUGAGAAAAUAUUCUCCAAAUUGAAACAAGAGGAUGUCAAGGAACAAGAAAACUCAUUCGCAGAAAGUAAUGGAACAAACGUGCCCCAAAACUUCGAAGCAAUAACACAGCUAAGAUCUUACUUUGAUGUGUUCAGAAACGUCUCCGUAUUCGGCACUCAAGAGGGGCUAAUGAGAAUUAUGCAGAUAAGUACAGUCAUGUCUACUUUGAAAAAUCUUCGAAAGUUCCAAAUCGAAAAGAACAUCGAUAGUCCUGUGACUGCCCUGAGUGCGUAUAUUGAUUCCGACAAGAAGGGCACCGUGGGCGAGCCCAUUCACUCAAAGAGGCGACGCAACAGUGGAAUCUCCCCUCACACCACUACUCUGGGACCGAGUGCUAAUUCCAAUACGAACAAUGACGAGCCUCUUACCAGUGAUGUUAACGAUACCAACAACGACAUGACGAAAAAGAAGAUGAAGUUCUGA